AUGGGUACCGGUACCGAAUCUCUCCCGCUUCUACCAAAGAUACUAGGAAUCAUUCUCAUUGUCGUCAUUGCGCUAUAUCUGUUUCCGAUACUCAUACCUCUACUGGCCGGACUCAUUCUAGUUGUUGUUGCUCUUCUGAAGAACAAGCCAUGUGAUCCUAAUCAUGUGCGAAAGUUUUUCGACGGCUUCCGUAUUGGAGGACAUCGUGGUGCUCCAAAUUCAUUCCCAGAGAACGGAAUGGCCGGUUUCAUGCAGGCCAAAAACGACGGUGCCGAUCUGAUCGAAUUCGACGUUUCGCUCACGAAAGACGGUGAGGCAGUGCUUUUACACGACGAUGAUUUGGAUCGAACCACUAACCUGAGCGGUCCGAUACGCGAAAAAACACUGGCGCAGCUAGAAUGCGCUAAUAUUAGCGCUAACUUCAAAAGAACAACGGAAGGAGACUUGGCACCCGUUCAGAAGGAAGGUAUUCCCAAACUUGAGGCCGUUGUGAAGUGGGCGAUUGAAAACGAUAUGAAGAUGUUGUUUGACGUUAAGGAUUCGGAUCCAGAGCUAGUGCACAUAAUCGCAAAUCUAUUCGAGAAGUACGAUCUUUACGAUAAGGCCAUUGUGUGCAGUUUCUAUCCAUGGGUAGUUUACCUUAUCAAACAAGGCAAUCAGAAAAUUCUCAGCGGGCUUACAUGGCGUCGUAAAUUCUUCUCCUAUAAAGAUAUCGAAAACACAUUACCUCGGUACACCGGUUUGUAUCACUACCUCUAUGUUCUUAUCGAUAUCAUUCACGUAUUUCUGCUAAGAAUCGUAACACCAUGGUUCCUCGGCGUUGAUUUACUUCUCACCAACAAUCUGGACAUUUCGAAAAGCUUCGUGCUCGAGCAAAAAGGUCGAGGUUUACACGUCGCCGUAUGGACGGUAAACGAUGUGGCCGAAAUGCAUUGGAUGCUAGAAGAGUUGUCAGUACCAAUCCUCACUGAUCAUCCAUCGUACGUCAGCAAAAUCUCUCAUCUAAGACUCAUACGUGGUCAAGACUACAACGAACCAGCGCUGCAAAACGCUGCUAACCGUGUUAGUACUGCCGACUUUACAAAGUAG